UUUGUUACUUUUUGUUUAGUAUUACAAUAAUUUACUAAAAUAUAGAAAAGUACUCGUAUAAUAUUAGAAAAUUAAAUGUACAAAUAUGUCUGAACGGGACUAUGCGCCAUUAAGCAUAGCCUGCGUUCGCGGGCUCUGCGACAAAAUUUAUGACAAAAGGAAAUUUGCUGGUGUUGAAAUUGAAAAGAUGGUAAAAGAUUUCAGUGAUGCGAAUAACACGAGUCAAAUUAAGCGGUUAAUUCGGGUGCUCGGUCAGGACUUGAUGUCUUCAACCAACCCUAAUGUAAAAAACGGUGCUUUAAUGGGACUUUCUUCGGUUGCUGUUGGACUGGGAAAGGGCUGUGUAGAUUACUUACCAGAGCUGACCCAUCCAAUAGUGGCCUGCUUCAGUGAGAGUGAGUCCAGGGUGCGGUAUCAAGCAGCUGAAGCUCUAUUCAAUGUUCUGAAGAUCGCCCGUGGAGCAGCCCUACCUCAGUUCCCAAUUGUAUUUGAUGCACUGGCAAGGCUUGCUGCCGACCCUGAGCCACAGGUUAAGCAAGGAGCUGAACUUUUGGAUAGAUUAGUUAAGGAUAUAGUGACAGAGUCAUCAUCAUUCGAUUUGGCGGCGUUCGUGCCGAUGCUGCGGGAGCGUAUCUACACGCGGAACGCGUUCGGUCGGCAGUUCAUAGUGUCGUGGGUGUCGGUGCUGGACGCCGUGCCAGAUAUAGACCUCAUAGUCCACCUACCGGAACUGCUGGAUGGACUGUUUAAGAUGCUGGACGAUGCCAACUCAGAGAUCAGGAGAAUGUGCGACGUGCAGCUGAGUGAAUUUCUAAGAAGUAUAAAGAAGGACCCAUCUAGAGUGGACUUCCAGGCCAUGAUCAACAUCCUCAUCACGCACGCGCAGUCGCAGGAGGAGUUGUUACAACUGACGGCCAUAACGUGGAUCAAGGAGUUCGUGGAGCUGGCGGGCGGCGACAUGCUGCCGUACGCGUCGGGCGUGCUCGCAGCAGUGCUUCCCUGCCUCGCAUACUCCGACGAGCCACGGAAGAGCAUUAGAGAAACGGCAGCCACAGUGAACUUCCAGCUGACGAAGCUGGUGGGGUCUGAAGGCGCGGACGUCGGGGCGGGCGGUGGUGAGGGUGGUGAGUGCGGGGGCGGCGGACAGCUGCAGUUGGCGGGCGUGGUGGGCGUGGUGACGCAGAUGCUGCACCACAGCUCCGUGCACACCAAGGUGGCCGCGCUCGACUGGAUGCUGCACCUCUACAACAAGCUGCCCACACAGAUGUUGGAGGAGACGAAUGUGGUGUUCAUGAGCGUGGUGAGCAGCCUCACGGACGCCGCCGACGACGUGGUGCGACGCGCGCUCGCUGUUCUUGCGGAGAUCUGCUCCUGUCCGGGUGAUUUGGAGUCUAGUCCGUACUACUACAAGUUCCUGCAGGCCCUGCUGAGGCUACUUGCGGCGGACGACAACUUAUUAGAAGAUAGAGGUGCUUUCAUUAUAAGACAGUUGUGCGUGCUGCUAAACGCGGAGGACAUCUACCGGGCGCUGUCGCGGUGUCUGCUGCAGGAGAAGAACCUGAGGUUCGUGGCCACCAUGGUGGACGUGCUCAACACCAUCCUGCUCACCGCCGCCGAGCUCUACGACCUGCGGCUGCAGCUGCGCAAGUUCGACAAGCCCGCGACGCACUCUCUGUUCGAGGGUCUGUACGCAUGCUGGUGCCACAGCCCGGUGUCGCUGCUGGCGCUCUGUCUGCUCACUCACAACUACGCGCACUGCAACACGCUCAUAUCCACAUUUGGUGAUCUGGAGAUCACAGUGGAUUUCUUGACAGAAGUAGACAAGUUGGUGCAACUGAUUGAGUCGCCGAUAUUCGCAUACCUGCGGCUGGAGCUGCUGGAGGAGGGCGGCGUGAGUCUGCGCGGGGCGCUGUACGGGCUGCUGAUGCUGCUGCCGCAGACCGACGCCUUCCACGCGCUCCGCACGCGCCUCCACUGCGCACCGCACCCACACCCACACGCGACUCCCGGCCGAGCGAAGCAGACCCGUGAAGCUCCGGUGUUGGACUUCGAGAAGCUUCUGGCGGAGUUCGAGCGCGUGCAGGCCGAACAUCGCCGAUACCGCGCGAUAGACCGCGCUCGUCCGCCCACGCACGCAUAGUGCGGGCCAACCACAUACGAUAUCGGUUGCAACGUUCCAACUGGAUACGGGGGUGUAUGUACACGCCGUUUAGGGUUUAGGUGUAGGACCUACUUCUUCGAGAACCUGGGAGCUUGAAAUGAUAGAUGCGAGAGACAGAAGUGUUUUUAUUGAGAUGUUCCGGCCUUAGAUACAAAGUGACACGUGUCGUGUACACGUGCUGCUACAGGUCACGCUGCUGCGUUGCUAAUGUUACACGUGCCGUGCGAUAAGAGUUCUA